AUGGAAGUGAGGGACAGUGUAGACUCAGACCACCACCCGGUGAUAGUGAAACUGAGGGCGGGAGGUAUACAAAGGACGAAAGCAAAAAAGGAAAGGAGAACAACAACGAGAGGAAACUGGACGGAACAGGGGAGGAGAAAGUUCAGGGAAGAACUAAACUGGAGGAGAAGCAGGGACGGCAAAAUUGAAGAGGAUAUGGAAGCAAUGAUAGAGCAAUUCAAAAGAGGAUUAGAAAAAAGCAGAGAAAAGGAGCAGAGGAGUAAGAAAAAAGGAUGGUGGGAUGAGGAAUGCAAGAAAAGGAAAAGGGAGCUUAGCGGAGUACUAAGGGAGUGGCGGAAGGGGCGGACGGAGGGAGAAAGCUAUAGCAAAGCAAAGAGGGAAUACAACAGUUUAUGCAAAGAUAAAAAGAGGGAGAAAAACAAGAGGUUCAUAAAAGAGGUGGAGGAAGCCAGAACAGACAGAGAGGUAUGGAGAAUAGUGAACAGAGAAAGGAAGAAAAGAGAACAGGUUCACGCAAAUAUAAAGGAGGACGAGUGGAAAAUCCACUUUAUGAACCUGUUAGGUGGGACAGAAGAAAAAGUAGUGAUGGGUGGCGAGAGAAAGCCGGAGGAGGAAGAAGAGGGGGCGCAAGAGGAAGAAAUAAACAGGGAGGAAAUCAGAAGAGCGGAAGCAAAGCUGAAGGAUGGGAAAGCAGUAGGCGGAGAUGGAAUACCGAAUGAGGUAUGGAAGUACGGAGGGGAGGAAGUAUCGAAAUGGAUUUAG